AUGCUCAUUGAGUAUAUCCUCAAGAGAACCAUACCUUCUUCUGUCAAAUUGAGUGAUGACCUGCUGUCUUUGUUAGAGGGAGCUAGCAUAGGAAAUGAUGUCUCCUCUUCAGCCGACCCUACUAGUGUUGCGCUCAUUCUCAAGUCCGUUGUCGAUGAACCUAAAACUAUCUCCUCUAGUAACCUCAAGCUCCAUGACAAGCUUAAUAAGCUUAAUGUAAAUUCAUCUGCAAUGAAACAAUCCGCCUCCCAGGUAUCUGUGAAGACUGAUCCUGUAAAUACUGCCACCAACGUUCUAAAAUCAAUUCCAGCCAAUCUUGAUCGUCCGUAUUGUUCUCAAAAAUUUACUGUUGGCACAAAUAGAAAAGUUUUUGCAAAUCUCCCAACUGUGCCUGUGAUUAAGUUUGCUGAUGUCUUCGUAUUUAGGUUCUGUCCACAGGUCACUUCUGUUCAAUUAAUGAGUGAACUUUUCACUAACACAUUGGAUGUGACUGUCACUCAGAUGGUUACCAAAAACCCAUCUUAUGCUUCCUUAGAUAUCCGGCUGCCAACUGCUCUACUAGAUGAUGUGCUUCAACCAACUUUUUGGCCUGAACUGAUCAUUAUCAAGCGUUUCUAG